GAGAAACGAGAUAGAGGAGAGAUCUUCUCCUUCAACUUCUGAUUCGUCCAGAAGCUUUCCUAAUCUGAGAUCUGACAUGGAACACCAAGGUUGGAGUUUUGAGGAGAAUUAUAGUUUGUCCACUAAUAGAAGAUCUAUAAGGCCACACGAUGAACUAGUGGAGUUGUUAUGGCGUGAUGGGCAAGUGGUUCUGCAGAGCCAAACUCAUAGAGAACAAACCCAAACCCAUAAACAAGAUCAUCAUGAAGGAGCCCUAAGAUCCAACACCUUUCUUGAAGAUCAAGAAACUGUGUCUUGGCUCCAAUACCCUCCAGAUGAAGACCCAUUCGAAACCGACGACUUCUCCUCCCACUUCUUCUCAACCGUCGAUCCCCUCCAGAGACCAACCUCAGAGACGGUUAAGCCUAACCCUCCUCAAGUCAUGGUUAAGCCUAAGGCCUGUCCUGACCCUCCUCAAGUCAUGCCUCCUCCUAAACUUAGGUUAACAAAUUCGCCAUCGGGAAUUAGGGAAACAGAAAUGGAACAGUACUCGGUAACGACAAUUGGACCUAGCCAUUGCGGGAGCAACCCAUCCCAAAACGAUUUCGAUGUCUCAAUGAGUCAUGAUCGAAGCAAAAACAUAGAAGAAAAGCUUAACCCGAACGUAAGUUCCUCAUCAGGUGGCUCCUCUGGUUGCAGCUUUGGCAAGGAUAUCAAAGAAAUGGCUUGUGGAAGAAGCAUCACAACAGACCGUAAGAGAAAACAUAUAAUGGACACUGAUGACUCUGUAUCUCUAUCAGAUGCAAUCGGUAACAAGUCGAACCAACGAUCAGGAUCAAACCGAAGGAGUCGAGCAGCUGAAGUUCAUAAUCUCUCCGAAAGGAGGAGGAGAGAUAGGAUCAAUGAGAGAAUGAAGGCUCUGCAAGAACUAAUACCUCACUGCAGUAAAACUGAUAAAGCUUCGAUUUUAGAAGAAGCCAUAGAUUAUUUGAAAUCACUUCAGUUACAGCUUCAAGUGAUGUGGAUGGGGAGUGGAAUGGCUGCGGCGGCGGCGGCUCCGAUGAUGUUCCCCGGAGUUCAGCCUCCACCGUUCAUACGUCAGAUGCAGAGUCCGGUACAGUUACCUCGAUUUCCGGUUAUGGAUCGGUCUGCAAUUCAGAACAAUCCCGGUUUAGUUUGUCAGAACCCGAUACAAAACCAGAUAAUCUCCGACCGGUUUGCUAGGUACAUCGGUGGGUUCCCACAGAUGCAGGCCGCGACUCAGAUGCAGCCGAUGGAGAUGUUGAGAUUUGGUUCACCGGCGGGACAGCAAAGUCAACAACCGCCUGCGCCGACGAAGACCACCGAUGGUUCUCGUUUGGACCACUAGCUCUAGUAUAAUAAUAGACACUCAUUUGGAUAAGAUAGACACUGAAAUCUUCUAGUUUUGGUAGUGAGAUCCUCCAUUCAUAUCUUAAGGGCUUUUGUGACGUUUGAGAAUCCUGUCAUGUAACUCACGACAAGCCAUUCUACAACUGUAUUACUCAAGGUCGCAAUCUCAAAUGAGGGAGGGAUUGGGAUGUUGGUCUUUCAUGUGAUCUAAUUCCUUAUAUAUCGUCCACUCAUCAAAAUCGUUCGUAUAAAAAGUAAUUAUUCUU